AUGGAGUCAUUUUCAAUCCAUGUAACUGCCUCCAAAUUGGGCCAACUACAAUCAAGAACAGAAAUUCAAGGCCUAUUUGAAUCACUAUGUGCUAUUAUUUGGCAGUCCAUUUCAAGAAUUAGAGAUGGGCCUGAGCCCAAAAUUAUAACAAUUUGUAAAAAGGGUGAGGAAAAGAAAGAAGGCCUUGUUGGGAACAACCGAGUCAUAAGUGUGGUAAAGGUUGAUCACUCAAUUAAAGAAGCUAAUCCUAGUGAUUUAGCAAGCUUAAUUAAAAAUAAGACUAUCGAUGAGCGAUUGAAGAUCGAUGAAGCCAUUGAGAAAGAUCAUGGAGUAUCGGACAUUGUUGUUUACGGAGCAAAUUUGACUUUUGUGAACAUGGAAGGUGCUGAUCUCUAUGGAUUCAACUGGAAGGGACACAAAUCGACGAUUGUAAGUUACUUAAUCGAUGGAGUUGGCGAUGUAGGGACCAUCGUGGUGCUUCCGACCGGGCCAAAUGAUUCUAGCAAGGAUGGUCUUGAAGGAAGGAUUGUAAACAUGACUUUGCCUGAGGAUGAGAUAAUGAAGUUGAAAUUUGAGCUAAGCAAGGAAUGGUCUAUUGCUUGA